AUGACCUUUAACAAUUACGUUUAAAAAAUAUCUUUUAUACACUUUACAUUUUAUCACAUUUAUAUAUUACUGUAAUGAAUAGUUGGAAUGCAGAAAUUACUUCUUUGGUAUAUCAGCCUCUCCAAGGCAUAAAGCCCAUUCGGUUGCUCCGCCUUUACCCUGGUGAGCCUUCUGAUCCGCUCCGCGCAGAACUCAUCCCUACAACCGUUGAGGAGGCCUUCGGAAGAUAUGAAGCUACAAGCUACACCUGGGGUUCACCGGAAAACCCGUCCUCCUUUUAUUGUAACGAUUUCAAGAUGACAAUACAGAAAAAUGCGUUUGAUAUGCUUCAUGACUUAAGAUUACGAGAAAAGCCUAGGAUCAUCUGGAACGAUGCCAUCUGCAUCGAUCAAUCCAAUAUCGAGGAACGGAGUUUCCAGGUUUUCUUUAUGGAUGAGGUAUAUCGGUGGGCGGAUAAGGUUAUAGUUUGGCUCGGCAAAUCAGACGAAUAUAGCUCUCUGGCCAUGGCCUAUGCUGCCAGACUUGACACAGCAAAAUUACUUAGCGAAACUGGAGAAAUAUAUACGAUGGGCUCGACAUCGCCGAAAAAGUCCUAUUUCUUUGAAGCGGGGGAGGAGGUAACAACACUCCAGCACCAAAACCUCGGAAUUGCUUUAGUCAAAUUCAUCAAUCGCCCGUGGUUUAAUCGUGUGUGGGUUCAGCAAGAAGCUUCUUUAUGCGCCCAGACUAGAGUCGUAUGUGGGAACCAAGAAGUUGACUGGGACAAUGUUUUUUUAUUAGCAUGGAUGAUUUUGCCAAGUAACAUAACUCUUUAUCCUGAUUACAUACUCGAUGAUCUUGAUCGAACGCUUGACAAUAUAACAGCCGUACAGUAUAUACAACGUCGAAGAAAACGACUGUUUCAGGAUAUAGCCGAGGGAAUAAAUAAAUCAGCUUGGUCUCUGGUGACCUACCUGGGUUAUACGAGCCGCUUGAGUUCUACAGACCCACGCGAUAAACUCUACGCGUUGCAACACGUUGCCCAAGAUGCCAACACGUGGUUCAAAGUAGACUAUAGGGUACCUUGGCAACUACUGUAUAUUGACGUCUCUCGCAAAUUUCUACAGCGUGGCCUUCUUGGAUUCUUGAGAAAUGCUGGCCUAUCUCGACAGAAACCAGGCGGAGGCAUAAUGCCGUCAUGGGCUUUCGAUCUCAGAGCAGAUGAAAGAUGGGGCAGUAAGGCGAUGGCGGAGCAUCCGGCUUGGAUGGCUGGAGGUCCGAAAUAUACCUGGGCACAUGAUCCUCCAAGAGGGGCCGGAAGCGUACAAAGUCUUCCUAAACGCCACCGAAGACGACUGGAUUUACCUGACGAGCUAAAGAAUUCCAAGGAUCCUCGAAAGGCCUUGAUACAAAGCUAUGCCAAUGUGAAGGCCUUACUAUACGAUGAGAUCAUAUAUAUGUCUGAUUGCCUUAACAACCCUUUCGACGUCCAAGGCAUGCAGGAUAUCUUACAAAAGGAUCUAGAUUAUAUUGCGAACUUAGAGGGGCAGACGUACCUAAACAACGAUAAUCUCGUAGAUGCCUACAAUCUAACCUUAAUACUCUGCUUGGAUGACCAGCAGGAGAUUGUAGGUUCUGAAUACAUAUGGAACAAUUGGGACGCCUGGAUGGCGUGGACACGGGAUCCAUCCCGCGGCCGUGAUAACAUGCCUAUUCUUGAAUGCUCUAUGGAGGCUUCAGGGGCGCUUGUCAACUUUCGAUUCGCGAUGACGAAACAUGGGUAUUUCUGCCUAGUGCCGCGAGAUACACGGCUUCAUGAUGCAGUAAGCAUCUUGGUGGGGUAUACCCUAGGUGUGGUUAUUCGUCCUUGGCAACCACCCUCGCUUCGCGAGAACAGCGGACAAUGCCAUGAAAAACCCCCAGGUGCUAUGGAGAAGCCAGAAUACUUUGAACUAAUUGGAGAUUGUUUUAUCCACGGGAUGAUGGUGAAUGAAGCUCGGUGUAUCAUUGAAGAGUUCCAUUGCAACCCUAACCCUACACCAGCUAAAUUGGAUGCUAUGGGUAAAGCUUCUAAGUUUAGGGAUGGAGAAUCCUGGAAAACACUCGGACUUAACAGCGGAUAUGAAAGAAUACUAGAGACGUUGGGUGAACGCUUUAUCAAAUUAGUUUGAGUCCAUUCAUUGGAACUUGCAAUCGGUCAGGGCCUUGCUAGUUAUAGGAGGCUUACAUGAAAUUUAGAAAAGUGCCAAUGACAAUAUAGGUACACAUACAAUUAUACUGGGAUCUGGGAGCACUCCACAUGAAUAACACCACACAGAGUGUAAGGACCAUGAUGUGCAGAAGGCAGCUAAAUCAU